UUUGUCUGCGUCACGUGACAGGCAGGACGGGGGUGUGUGUAUCCCCGUCGUGUGUCCCGGCGGAAGAGUGAAGGGAGUCGGCUGAAAGGUCGCAGCUGGAAGAAAAGGGAAAACAAAGCGGCGCGGCCUAGCGCUGGAGAACCGGAGACACGCCAGUCACCACGGAUACAGCUGGAGCCAACGCGGCGGCCGGGGCGCAGCCACCAUCGCUGCCUCCGCCGCCGCCUCCACCGAGGAUGUCGCGCAGAAAGAGAAAUGCAGGCAGCAGUUCCGACGGAACCGAAGACUCCGAUUUCUCUACAGACCCCGAACAUACGGACAGUUCGGAAAGCGAUGGGACGUCCCGCCAGUCUGCACGUGUAACGCGCUCUUCCGCUAGGCUCAGCCAGAGUUCUCAAGAUUCCAGCCCGGUUCGCAACCCCCCAUCAUUCGGAGCAGAGGAGCCUGUUUAUUCGACUCGGAGGGUAACCCGCAGCCAGCAGCAGCCCAUGCCUGUGACUCCCAAAAAAUAUCCACUGCGACAGACCCGCUCAUCCGGAUCAGAAACGGAGCAAGUGGUCGACUUUUCUGACAGAGACACUAAAAAUGCAGCUGACCACGAUGAGUCCCCACCUCGCACACCAACUGGGAAUGCCCCGUCUUCGGAGUCUGACAUUGACAUCUCCAGUCCCAACAUGUCUCACGACGAGAGCAUUGCCAAGGAUAUGUCCAUGAAGGAUUCUGGGAGCGAUCUGUCCCAUCGUCCCAAACGCCGCCGCUUCCACGAAAGCUACAAUUUCAACAUGAAAUGUCCCACUCCUGGCUGCAAUUCUUUAGGACACCUGACGGGAAAACAUGAGCGACACUUCUCCAUAUCUGGAUGCCCGCUGUACCAUAACCUUUCAGCUGAUGAAUGCAAGGUCAGAGCACAGAGCCGGGAUAAACAAGUGGAGGAGAGGCUGCUGUCCCACCGACAAGAUGAUAACAAUAGACACGCUACCAGACAUCAGGCACCAACUGAAAGACAGUUGAGGUACAAAGAAAAGGUAGCAGAGAUGAGGAAGAAGAGGAAUGCGGGGCUGACCAAGGAGCAGAAGGAAAAAUACAUGGAACACAGACAAACCUACGGAAACACCAGAGAGCCCCUUUUAGAGAACCUGACCAGCGAAUACGACCUGGAGCUAUUCCGGCGAGCGCAAGCAAGAGCCUCUGAGGAUCUGGAGAAGCUGCGACUUCAAGGCCAAAUCACCGAAGGCAGCAACAUGAUCAAGACUAUUGCUUUUGGCCGCUAUGAGCUGGACACCUGGUACCAUUCUCCCUACCCGGAGGAGUAUGCGCGGCUGGGGCGCCUCUACAUGUGCGAGUUCUGCCUCAAAUACAUGAAGAGUCAAACGAUACUACGCAGGCAUAUGGCAAAAUGUGUCUGGAAGCACCCUCCGGGAGACGAGAUUUAUCGCAAAGGCUCCAUUUCGGUGUUUGAAGUAGACGGGAAAAAGAACAAGAUCUACUGCCAGAACCUGUGCCUCCUGGCAAAGCUCUUCUUGGACCACAAGACCCUGUACUACGACGUCGAGCCCUUCCUCUUCUAUGUCAUGACGGAAGCCGACAACACCGGCUGCCACCUGAUCGGCUAUUUUUCCAAGGAGAAGAACUCCUUCCUCAACUACAACGUUUCCUGCAUCCUCACAAUGCCUCAGUACAUGAGACAAGGUUACGGCAAAAUGCUUAUCGACUUCAGCUAUUUACUUUCCAAAGUGGAAGAGAAGGUGGGCUCCCCAGAAAGGCCCCUCUCGGACCUGGGCCUUAUUAGCUACCGUAGUUACUGGAAGGAGGUUCUUCUUCGUUACCUGCAUAACUUUCAAGGCAAAGAAAUCUCCAUCAAAGAGAUCAGCCAAGAGACAGCCGUCAACCCUGUCGACAUUGUUAGCACGCUGCAAGCCCUUCAGAUGCUCAAGUACUGGAAGGGCAAACACCUGGUUUUAAAGAGACAGGAUCUGAUUGAUGAAUGGAUAGCCAAAGAGGCCAAAAGGUCCAACAGCAAUAAAACCAUGGAUCCCAGCUGUUUGAAAUGGACCCCUCCCAAGGGCACUUAAUUUGACCAAUCUCUCCAAGAAGUGUGGACAACCCCCCCCUGCCCCCCCACCUGCUGCCUCCGUCACCACUGUCGUCAUGACCCUCUUUCCUCUCCCAGCGUUAGGAUUUGCCUUUGGGAUCGUGGCUGUGUCACUGCUGUUGGUACCAAUCCCCCCUCCCCUCUUUUCACAUAAUCCCCCCCCCAAAGAUGCUUCUCUUCUUUGUGGGGACCGCUUUAACCCAGAACCUUUGUACACGUUGGAAAGACCGGAGGGCUCUGGGUUCCUUGCUAACGUAGUUCCUAGAAGGGCCUGUAAUACCUUGCUGUGCACUUUUCCAUCCGCUGCUCCAUCAGCCCCAAGACCCCCUAGCCCAGCAAGGGUGUGUCACAUCUGUGGUUUCAACCUGCUACUUCUGCUGCAGCCUUGUAAGGCCUGGUCUACGUACGCAGUAGAAUGAGGUGGUAAAAUCCUGCGUGGUAGAGGACCCUGUGUUCCACAUUGCAGGCGGGGCGGGGGGGGGGGCAGCAUUUUUACAUGUUCCCCAUGUAGAGAAAGCUCCCUGGCAGAAGAAACGAGCAGUGCCAGGUCAAAGAAUCUAGGCGGUCCUUUGUCACCUGCAGGGCGUGUGUUUUUAUACAUAGGGGAGGUUUCAAAAACGACAUCCCCCACCUGUCCUCUGAAAUGGUACAGUCUAUUCUAUCCACCCAUACACGCACACGCCCCUCUCAUUCUGCUGCAUGUUUUUGAUCCAGCUUACGUGUGGGUUCAGGAGAUCAUUUCCCAUGCCCCAGGUGUCAGGGUGCAACUGGAAACAACCCAACACCCCUUGGGUUCCUGGACUGCCUCAGGAUCAGAUCAGCAAUUUCUCCCAUCCAUUCACAAGUCUGAGCACUGCCUGGAUCCUGUGUCUGCAAACAAACACCACGCAGUGCUCUCCCCCCCCCCCCGAUUUCCCCCCCUCAACGAACAACAAGGAACUCCAUGCAAGGGCCCGUCCCAUCCCAAGAGCUUUUGAUUCCAGAGUGUGGGAGGUGUGUUCGGUUGCUUCCGCUUCCCUGCCCUCCAGAGUCUUAAAUGGUAAGCCUGUCCACGUCCUUUGUCGGUUCAGCUGACAGCUUUUGUAGCUGGCUCAGCUGACUCCUGGAGGGGGGGGCGGGGGAGAAGGCGCCCUAGCAGGAAAGGUGCCACGUCACCUGGUCCUGGUUGCAGGCUGCAGAGGCCUCCGUGGAAGCAUGGGAUGCCAUCGCUCAGUGUGUCUUAAGGUUGGGCAGCUGCCCCUCCCAUAGCUGCUUUUGAAUGCGCUGACCACCAAUCCUUUUCAAGUGUCAGUGGAAUUCACUUUUUCUUUGUGUGGGAGGGGAAAUCCCGACAUGAGCAUCCUACCCAUGGCAACAGUGCCUUCCUGCUGCUUUGGCACCUCUCUGGCCAUUUGGACCUCCUUCUGCUCCAAAGUCAGCUCUGCCAACAGCCUGAGGGACAUGCUUAAUGAACGCAGCAGUGGCUACCUAAAACGCCAUCUGCUAGAGGCUGCUCCUUUCUCCAACUCUUGUAAGGCUGAGGCUGCCACAUCUGGUAGGGCCAGACCCAUGGAGCAAUUUGCCGUAACAGGACAGGGUUAGCCCCCAUGUGGUAGCUGUGCCCGCCACGUUGUGACCUGCUUUUGCAGUUGUGGAACUCCGGUAAUAGUUGGACACUCACGGGCCACUGAUUUCCCCCCCAUCACCACUCUGAUGUGAGUGGUGGUUGUUUUAAAAGGAGCAUGCAGGGAAAUGGCUUCAGCUCCCAUCUUUGUAUUCUUACAUGCAUGGGUGAUGGGAGUCCCCGAAACCAAAUUGGGCAGAUGGUCCAUCACAGGCAUUUCUGAAGCGACUUGCUCUACCAAUUUGGCUUGCCGGUCUUGCGGAAAAAAUGCACCCACGACACCAAGGUGCUCAGCUUCCCCCACAUUCCCAGGCCUGGCACUCGGCCGCGAAGGGGCGUCUGUCAAAAGAUGACAGCGGCCUUUGAAAAUGUGCGAAGGAAGUUGCUUGAAAAACAGACCCGUGAAUGGACCGAGGGUUUCAGCUGUGUGCCUGAAUGUGCCCAGGAUCAGUUUAACAGAAAACUUGGCCGUGUGUCCCGUUGCAGGAGGAGCCUGCUGUGUGUCCCAUCUCUUCAGUGAUUUUUAACUCGCUGAACUGAAUUGAGACCACUACCUGCCCUGCAUGCUGAAUGUUUGCACUGACUGGCAGAGGUGGAGGAAGAGAUGGAUUCGGUUGUGGGAAGUGAAGGUCAGUGGGUUCUCGUUAGAGUGGAGAGCUCUUGUCCACCAUAACUUGGGUGGCCGUGGAACCUUGAUUUGGCCACCUGCUUGUUUGCCUGACGUGCAAAAAGAGCGGAGGGGAAAGCUCAAUCGGCACACCUUUCAUUGGCCGUGCUCCACUGUUCAUAGAGGGAGCCCCUCAAAAGCAGACCACCAGAGCUUUCCCUUAGUGAGUUGGACUUCACACUUCAGAGGUCCAUCUCUUGUGCAUGCUCAUUCACCACCAGCCCGAAGCCAUUGCUUUGGAAAUCGUGAAUCAUCGGACAGCUGCUACUCACGCUCUCGGUGAGUUGGUUGGCCUGCUCCACUUGGCUGGGUUUUUUGGCUACUUCUUGUGCACAGUAAUGAUACGUCAGUAUUUGGGAUUAAGAGCCAACUCCUCUGAAUGUUGAGGUGCUGUUGCACAGUGCACCCAGGGCUCCAGUGCACUGUGUCACGAGCAACAAAGUAAGCUGGUGGGGGAGGUCGUAUGCCGCACAACCAAAGAGGCUGCAAAGGAGAGGGGGGUGCAAGUCCUAUCUCUGCCACCCCCAGCGCCACCUCCCCACUGCCUGGAUCUUAGCACAGCUUGCCAUUCUUGGGCAAUGAUUCUCUUUCCAUCAAAAAUCUCGACGUGGCUCUUCAGUGGGCCUGGCAAACUUCUGGGUCGAGAGAGUGCAGUGUGUUUUCCUUGUUUUUGGACUGCCUUGAGUUUGGCUGGCUUGCUGGGCGUGUCUUGCACUUCCACAUGAUCUCCAACAAGCGUAGGGAUAUGGUUUCUGGUUGUCUCGUUCGGUGAAGUCCCCUUCCACCCUGCUCCAAGGAAACACCCUGGGGACAUCCAAGCCCUCCACAGCCCAUGCCUUUCACCUCUGUCUGGUGUGACUGCCGGCAAUGGAAGCGUGCAUGAAACGCAACGUCUUGUUUUCAGCUGGACUUUUAAAAACAACAACCCACCAACACCGUCUUUUUGUCUACCACCUUGGGACAAGAUGGGUUGCAGUUGAGAACCGCCUCCCUCUCCAGCACGGAUCUUUCCACAAGCACUCCUGUGGUUGGCUCUUGUGUUUUGGUUUUGUCUUUUCAUGGCCAUCCUAAAUCCGCCAAAGUUUCUGUUUCUGUGCACAUUACUGGCAACUGUCAUCUGGUGCCCUCAGCUUCUAGAUUCUAGCAAAUGGUUGGGGGUGGCAUUCUCUCUUGGGAGGGGAGGUUGGCCAUUCUUGUACAGAAGCAAAUCUCUCCGUUUUCUGGAUAUGUUAGAAUAUGCUACCAGUGUAUCUACUUCUCAAUAAAGCAUGUUCUCUGCUCUA